UUCAGUGAAACUUUGAUGUAAAAAUGAAAAAUCAGGAUCUUGUGGAUUAUCUUAAGGAGUGCGGCGUUUGUUUGUUUUGUCAAUUACGUUAUCUCAAAGCCCGUGGUAAUGAAUAUCAAAACAAACAAGAAUAUUUUGAAAAGGUUAACGUUCUGUAUGAAGAGGAUUCAGGUUGCAUAGAAUAUGCUCCCACAAAUAAAAAGAAACGUCGUAACGUCUGUCCAACUUGUCUUGACCUUUUUUCCGACGAUUUUCGAGAUCAACUUCUCCUCUCUAUAUCUAGUACUGAUAUUGGAAAAUAUGAUUGUGAUGGUAUUGUUAUUGCCAUGAGUAUACCAAUAAUACUCCAGUUACGGCAGCUGUCCAUGUGGUACGCAUUGAUAGAUAAAUUCGGCGAUAAUGUUAGCUUGGAUCGCACUCCGGAUGUCUCAUUAAAAGAAGCAAUAAAAUUGAUUUUGAAUCCAACUAUUUGCGAAAAGCUGAAGAAAUCCUAUGAUAUAAACAAUGGCCUUAUGGUGACAAUAAAUUUAAGUCAUUCACAAGAAGAAGAAGGGAUCACCAGACUAGAAAAGUUAAACAAUAUAGUUAAUCCAAGAAAAAGGGGUGAAAAGUAUGAAAAAAUUUCAAGAUCGUUGAUUGAAAGAAAAUACACACCUGCAAGAGUAAGCUCAGAAUUAUUCAAAGAAAUAUUUGACGUGCCCCCUCUAAUAUCAAAUGAAGGCCUUAAAUUUGAUUCUAUUUCUCUAUUGGGCCCAUCAGUCUAUGUUGCUGGGAGAUAUAGAAAGAUUUCACGCAAACUGUCACAUACACCAUGGGUUUUAAAUGGUGAGAGGGUGAUGGAUGAUAGUAUAGAGGAGAUUAUUAAUCGUAAUAUCGCUAAUUAUUUUUGUAGCGAUCCCAAAAAAGUAAAUUUUAUGUCAAGUGGUAGAGAGGAUGUAGAUGUGCGCUGUCUUGGAGCUGGACGACCAUUUGUGUUGGAAAUACCAAAUGCUUUACAAUCAUCACUGAACUCAGAAAAAGCCCGACAAAUGGAAGAUAAUAUAGAUAAAUCACAAAAAGUAUCUGUUCGCGAUAUCCAGAUGGUGAAGCGGGAGGACUUAUCACAUAUAAAAAUGGGAGAGGAACAUAAACGAAAAUGCUAUAGAGCACUUUGUCAAAUCGGAAGUGUGGCGACGAUUGAUAUGUUAAGGAAAUUGGAUUUGCAGCAAGGUUUUGAAAUACAGCAGAAGACACCUAUACGUGUACUACAUCGACGGCCACUUCAUACACGACCUCGAACAGUAUAUAGUUUGAAGGCAUCAGUUUGUCAACAAAAUAAAUGUUUAAUAAUACUUGAUAUUGUAACUCAAGCGGGUACUUAUAUCAAAGAACUGGUCCAUGGCGAAUUCGGACGAACCAUACCAUCAGUGGCAUCACUGCUAGGACAACCUAUUGAUAUUGUAGCGCUAGAUGUUAUGGAAAUAGAUUUAGAUUGGCCACCGUCAAUAUCUGUUUAAAAUUUAUGUAUGUAUGUAUAUUUAAUGUUUUAUGCUUUAGAAAUUAGAUAUUCGAGCCAAAUAAAAAUGAACACUAUUGCAAUAACCACAAUAA